UGCUCUAUUAUCAGUAUCAAAUAUGUUGUUUAGUUUCUUUUGUAGAAAAGUAACGUCAAAUCAUAGAAGCAUUACUUUGUCGGAUUUUUCGAAAACCCAACUGCGUACUCCUCCUUUUAAUGCAUCAAUUAGAUACUAUUCAUCGUUAAAAACAGAAAUUAAACAGUCCUUUACAAUUUCAUACCUCAUUAAUUCUUGUGGGUUGUCUCCAGAUGCUGCUAAAUCUGCCUCUAGGAAUGUUCUUUUCGAUAACCCAACCAAUCCCGACUCUGUCCUUAGCCUUUUUAGAGAUCUUGGACUUACCCAAAAUACUCACGUUUCCAAAGUUAUUAGGAACCAGCCCCAGCUGCUUUUGUUAAAUGUUAAUAAAACAAUUUUGCCCAAGCUUCAAUUUUUACGUUCUGUAGGAUUUUCAAGCAAAGACCUUCAGAUAUUGAUGAGUAGUAACCCAUACCUCCUGACGAGGAGCUUGGACCAAUAUCUGAUCCCAUGUUGUAAUGUCCUGAAAAGUCUACUCCUUUCUGAGGAGAAUGUCGUUAGGAUUUUGAAACGUUUGACUUUAAGAGAUGGUUAUAAUGUAAACAACUUAAAUCUCAAUAUAUCGGUCUUAAGAGGGCUUGGAAUGCCUCAAUCGAUAAUCUCUUCAUUUAUAACUAGGUGUCCCAAUGCUGUUUGGCGAGAUGUUGACAAGUUCAAUAAAGGCGUCAAGGAAGUUGUAGAGAUGGGAUUUGAUCCUCUGAAAUAUACAUUUGUUAAAGCACUCAUUGCAAAAGUCCAACUGUCUCCAAGAACUUGGAAAUGUAAAAUAGAUGCUUUCAGGAGGUGGGAUUUAUCUGAAGAUGAGAUUUUAUCAGCUUUCAGAAAGUAUCCACAUUGUAUGAGUUUUUCAGAGGAGUCGAUUACAAAUAAAAUGGAUUUUCUUGUGAAUAGGAUGGGUUGGCAGCCUGCUGUUAUUCUUAAAAACCCAGCUUAUUUUACUUAUAGUUUGGAGAAGAGGAUUGCGCCAAGGUGUUCAGUUGUUAGAGUUUUGCUUCUAAAAGGCUUGAUCAAGCCUAAAAUGUGCUUAGUUCCAAUUCUUGCACCCACUGAUGAUAGCUUCUUGGAGAAGUAUGUGUUUAAGUAUCAAGAACAAGUGCCUGAAUUGUUAGAUGUCUUUCAUGGGAAGGUGGAUCUGAAAGAACUAGGCUUCGCAUUUGAUGAAAAAAGUGCAGCUUCACCUGUAUAACAUUGAACAAGUUAAUUGCCUAUGUGGUCGUUCAUGUUAUGCAACUCAAAAUUGCUGCAGCCAUGGCCAGAACCAUUUUAGUCUAGUCUUAUAGAAGAAUCAUGCAAUUUGAGGACAUAGCUGCCAUCCGUUAAGUGUAGUUAUGCAAGCCAAUAAAAGCUCACAGUACUCGUAGUUCCAUGUAUAAAACAUGAUGGCAGGGUCGGAAGGUACCAUACCAUGGAAUCAAUAAAGUUUUGCGCUUGAAACAUUAUUGGAUCCCAUGUUAUGAUAUCUUAGAAACUUUACUUUCUUUCCAAUCAGAGAGUAGUUAGGACUUUGAAAUGCUUGACAACCAGAAGAAGCCUUUGUGAUAUGAAGAGCUCGAAUGUUUGAUUUCUCCUUCGUAUGGAAUGCCUAGAUCUACCAUCUCUUGAUUUGUGACUAUGUUUCCCAAUGUUGUCUGACAAGUUCAGUGGAGUUGUCAAGAAAGUUGUGGAGACAGGAUUGGAUCCUGUGAAUUCUACAUUUGCUGAAUCACUCAAAGUGGAAAUUUUGGAAGAGAUGUUUUCGUGAGGUGGGAUUUAUCUGAAGAUGAGUUAGUUCAGUGGAGUUGUCAAGAAAGUUGUGGAGACAGGAUUGGAUCCUGUGAAUUCUACAUUUGCUGAAUCACUCAAAGUGGAAAUUUUGGAAGAGAUGUUUUCGUGAGGUGGGAUUUAUCUGAAGAUGAGUUUUAUCAGCUUUCAGAAAGCAUCCGACUGGUCUUUCUUUUACACUCUGACGAGUACUUCUUGCACAUGUGAUUAAGCACAAGAAAACAAGCGCCUCAAUCGUUGGAUAUUUUUGAAGGGAAAAUGGGAAAAAUUUGCAGCUUCUUGAGUGCAACAUGCAAACUGCUUUGUUUUGCUGCUAACAUUUUUCUAAAAACUUUUACCUCCUGUUUUCUUCUUGACUUGGUCUAUCUAGUUUUCUUUUUUUCUAUUAGAGGUAAUUUGUUUGGAACUUGAUACUCCCGAAAUCCUCUGUAUGAUUGAAACAAUACCCUAUAUGGUUUUGCCAUAUAGUUAAUGAAGUUGUAUCCAGAGCAGCAAAAGAGCAUUAUUGCACA